AUGAGACAAAUACAAAGGUUAGUUUCUUCCGCUGAACCUUCCGAGUCAGUUUCAGUGUCCACGGAAUCCAGCGACGACACCGGAGCAGUUGUGUUCACUGCUCCUCCUGGUUUCAAGCCUCCCGAGCCAAAAUGCUUCGUCGCUAAACCCGGAAAACUCUUCGAUGUCUUGGGUGCAGCCAUCGGUUUGUUUUUCCGAUUCGGCAUUGGGGUUUUCGUUUCUGGGUACUCUGCAUCUUUCGUGUCCAAGGAUGAGGUUCCUGCUGACCAGUAUGCGUUGCGAAUUGGCGGUAUCACGGUAAAGGAAACCUCAAAGCUCGGGCCUCGCCCUGAGAAACCCAUCGAGAUAUACGAGUUUGAAGGCUGUCCCUUCUGUCGGAAGCUGCAGCAGCACAAGCUAAGGGGCUCGGCAGUCUUGAUGGCGCAGCGAGUUGGAGUUUGCCGUGGAUCUUCGUCGGACCAGCGAGCAGAUGCGUGGCAUCCUGUUGCGAAGGAGGUCCGCGAGCCGGAGGUUCGCCACGAUUCCGACAGCUCGAGAGCAAUCUGCUCGGACGCUGCUCGGAUCCGGCCGCUCAGGGGCCGGGCGCUCGCGAUACCAUGCCGGCCGCUCGGACGUUGCUCGAGAGCUGGCCACUCAGAAGUCGGCCGCUCGAGAGCCGGGCACUCGAGCACCGGCCGCUCGGGAGUCGGCCGCUCGGUCGACCACUCGGUUGCCGGUCGUUCGGGAGCCGGGCACUCGGAGCCACCCGCUCGGGAGCCGGCUGCUCGGUCGCCAUUCGGGAGCCGGGCGCUUGGGAGCCAUUCGGAAGCUGGGCACUCGGGAGCUGGCUGCUCGGUCGCCGCUCAGGAGCCGGGCACUCAAGAGCCGGCUGCUCGGUCGCCGCUCGACAGCCGUUCGGGGAUGCCGGCCGUUCGAGAGUUCGGGGAUGCGGAGCCGUAG